AUGGCCGGCCGCAUGGUGCUAUACAAGUUGGUGGUGCUGGGAGAUGGUGGUGUGGGAAAGACAGCUCUUACCAUUCAGUUAUGUUUGCAACACUUUGUCGAAACUUACGACCCCACGAUCGAGGAUUCAUACCGAAAGCAGGUCGUUAUCGAUGGCCAGCCUUGCAUGCUUGAAGUACUUGAUACCGCUGGACAGGAAGAGUACACAGCACUACGGGAUCAAUGGAUUCGUGAUGGCGAAGGCUUCGUUCUAGUCUACAGCAUCUCGUCACGCUCAUCCUUUACCCGCAUCAAACGGUUCCACCAUCAGAUUCAACGAGUCAAGGAGUCGUGCGCUUCGUCACCUUCCUACCCAGGCUCCCCUAUCUCCUCCGCAAAUGCGCAGUUGCCUGUACCCAUCAUGCUUGUUGGCAACAAGAGCGACCGAGUCACCGAACGAGAGGUUUCGACACAGGAAGGUCACGCUCUCGCCCGCGAGCUUGGCUGCGAGUUUGUGGAGGCCUCCGCCAAGAACUGCAUCAAUGUUGAAAAGGCGUUCUACGACGUGGUUAGGAUUCUACGUCGGCAGCGGCAACAAUCUUCACGCCCCUCGGAAAGAUCGAGCGGUCGGACGCGAACAGGCAACGGCGAUGCGAGGGGCGGCGACCGAGACGAACGACACAGGAAUAGGAACAAGGACCGCAGCAAGUCCAAGUGUGUCGUAUUAUGA